GCAAGGAAAAUCGUGAAUGAUACGUGCGGGGGUUGUCCAAAAAGGGUUGGUAGGCUACAAUGCCUGUGGAAAGUAAAUACUGCGACGAAGAGAUAGAGUAGAACGAAGGCAGUGACUCGCGCAUAUUUUAUUUUGGCUUGUUGGUAAUUGUGUGGCAUAUAUACUCUUAAUAAACUAAUUUGGCUAUUUUUAUAUUCUGGAGAACGCAGAAAGGGAUAUAUUUUUUCGAGGUCCUCUUGUGACCAUCACGUUUGGAGGCUCGUGUAUGUGGACCGAUAUAUUGAUUAUCUGGGAUUUAGCCUACUGCGAAAUUAGCGAUAUCCGAUAAAUAGCCUAUAGACGACCCUUUCAUGCACAGUUUGUGCCUGUAUUCUGUAUUAUCGGUGAGCGCAUGUAGCAAGCUAACCACUUAGGGGAUCCUGCCUGAAGAGCAGUCGGCGCUUAACAGAGGGGCUGAAUUAGUACUCCUUCGGUAUUGAACGCAAUUUUUGAGAGCCGUCUCAUAGACUUGCGACAGAAAGGUGUGUGCACGUUGCGAAGAAGCCGAGGGCGACAAUUAAUCUGAACGGGGAAUAAAAUGACUAUGUCCGUCCAGGAGAGGAAUUCGGGGUCUGGGGGAAAGGAAGAAGAGAGCGAGGAUGAAAGCGAAAUUCUGGAGGAGAGCCCUUGCGGUCGUUGGCAAAAGCGAAAAGAGCAGGUGAGCCAGGGAAAUGUCCCCGGUAUCGAGAGUGCGUCUUUGGCCAUGGACACAGAGGAAGGGGUGGAGGUGGUGUGGAAUGAGGUGCUGUUCUCUGAGAGGAAGGUGUUUAAUGCCCUGGAGGACAAGAUCAAGGCAAUGUUUGAGAACCUGAUGCAGGUGGAGCACCCAAACAUCGUCAAGUUCCACAAGUACUGGCUGGACAUGAGGGACAACCAGGCACGAGUGAUAUUCAUCACAGAGUACAUGUCUUCAGGCAGUCUCAAGCAGUUUCUGAAGAAGACUAAGAAAAACCACAAGACCAUGAAUGUGAAGGCAUGGAAGAGGUGGUGUACACAAAUCCUCUCUGCCCUCAGUUACCUGCACUCCUGUGACCCUCCAAUCAUCCACGGCAACCUCACCUGUGACACCAUCUUCAUCCAGCACAAUGGGCUCAUUAAAAUCGGCUCAGUUUGGCACAGACUGUUUGUCAAUGUGUUCCCAGAGGCUGGCGUUCAGGGUAAAGUACGGCACAACCGGGACGAGCAGAGGAACCUUCAUUUCUUCUCUCCGGAGUAUGGCUCAGCUGAAGAUGACUAUGCCAUCGACAUCUUCUCUUUUGGGAUAUGUGCCCUGGAGAUGGCUGUGUUGGAGAUCCAGGCUAAUGGAGAUGCUGUUGUGUCCAAGGAGGCCAUAACCAAUGCUGGGCAGUCGCUGGAGGACCCGCUCAUGAGGGAGUUCACCCAGUCCUGUGUACGUCAUGAAGCCAAGAUGAGGCCCACGGCCCAUGACCUGCUUUUCCACCGUGUGCUCUUCGAGGUCCACUCCCUCAAGCUCCUAGCUGCCCACUGCUUCAUCAGCAACCAAUACCUUCUCCCUGAGAACUGUGUGGAGGAAAAGACUAAGUCCUUUGAUCCCAACGGUGUCAUGGCAGAGAUCGAACAUAAAGGUCGCCCAGGAGUGCAGCUGAAGUACUCCCAUGUCUCCCCUCUUGAGCUGGAGAAGUUCCUGGAGGAUGUCAAGAACGGGAUCUACCCUCUGAUGAACUUCGCCUCUGCACGCCCCCACCCUGUCCCACGUGCCCUUUCCUUGUCCCAGGAGCACAUGGAGACUGUGAAGACCCCCACUCCUGAGCCACAGGAGACAGAGACCAGGAGGGUUGUGCAGAUGCACUGCAAUAUGGAGUCCAAUGAAGAAGGGACACGGACUCAUCUUUCUCUGUUCCUGAAGAUGGAUGACAAGCUUCACCGGCAACUCAGCUGUGACAUACUGCCCACUGACAACUCCAAGGACUUAGCCAAUGAACUGGUUCACUAUGCCUUCAUCAGUGAGGAGGAUUGUGACAAGCUGGCAAUGUUCCUCGAGGACGAGCUGUGCAAACACAGGGGCAUUACACCUGGUUCCUCGGGGGCAAUGGUUAUGAUGCACUAAAGGGUGGGAGGGCCACAGCAAACAAAAGCCCACACAGGGGAUUUGGAAGACGCAAGUGGAGGCUGAAAGAUGAGAGAAAGAGGGCCCUACGGUAGAUCUCAUGGCCAGGAUGUAGCAGCCAAAUGGUGAGGUUCACACCCACCACAUGGCACCCAUGAAGAGUUUAACAAACCAGGAUGAAGACGAAGGCACCCGAGCACAGCCUCGAGAACCAUUCCAUAAAGCAAAGCGGCUGCUUCCUGUUGGAGGAUGUGGUUGUGCCCAUCUCCAGCUAUCACCCAAUGCUGCAGAAGUCAAGUUUCCAUGUUGGUAAACCCUCCUGUUCUUGGGGUGAAAGUGCUAUGUUUUGCCUUGAGGUCUAUGCCUUUGUGACUUACCCACUCCCUUGUUGCCAUUUUGCCUCUGGAAGAGCCAAAGUCGCUGCUUGUCAGAGAGGUACAUUUAAUGGGGAAGUUUGUAGCAACGCACAAAUAGCUAUGGAAGUGAAACCAGAAGUUGGGCAAACAGAACAUCCAUCUGUGCUUCAAGUCCUAAAGAUACAUAGUUCCUACGUUCCAGACUAUUAAUGUAUUAUUUAAAAUAAAAAUGUUAAACUGUUAGCAAUUAUUUAUGUUCUUAGAAGCCAUUAAUAAUACAUUUUCCAAUAUACACUGCUAAUGAUGAAUGGCUAGCUCAAAUUAGUAGCUCCUGUGCUGUUCAUCCUUGUCAGCGGUCAUAUGAUCCAACCCCAGUUUCUAGACUGUGUGCUCUGCAAUGAAGAUUGUGUGUGUGCAUACCUUCUGUGCAAGUAUGAGUGCCUUUGUAUGUUCUGAGUGAUCCGCUGGUCUCUUUGUUUUUUUUUUUCUGGAUGGUUUCGCCCCCAGAAGACUGUAUGGUACCCAAAGGUUUGAAAAGUGCCUGCCAUGGCAGCUGUGCACAUAUUUAAACUGUGCAGAAAGCACAUUCUAGAGUUUCCAUAACUUAUGUACGGUGGACAUGCCAAUUAACAACUGCAUGCUGGGAUGGAAAAUAUUUCAAGCAGUAAAAUCACACACUAAACACUAGCUGUAUGUUGCAAGGGCACCAUAAUUUUGCUGCAGUAUGAAAAAGUGCCUCUGUGAGGACAUAGUGUUACUAAAGUUCUCAUUCUCUCUGCGCAGCUAAUAUCCAGCUCGCUUCCCUCCACAUUUUUCCUAUCGCAGGCCGACUGCUAUAUUUAUUCCCAGAAAAACAUUGCUAAUUGCAAGUCUCUUCCACCAACAGCUAGUAUUCAGCUAUGACAAACCUUUCUUAACACGACCAUGAUUCUCUGAGUGUUUUCAGGUACUAAAUAUAUUGAAAUACCUGAGUGGCUGAAAGAUUUAAUCAUGUAAAACUGUUUUUACUUGUAUUUUAUUGACAAUGUCUAAAAGUCACAGUACCUUAUGUCCUACAAAAAGCAUUGCAUGUAACUUUUACCAAUGACUCUCUCAAUAUGGCCACUUGCCUGUAUAUCUGAACAUUGUAUUUAAAGUCAAAGCACACUAGAAAUGCUAUUUCUAUGCAGAAUCUAUAAACAGUAACUCAGAGUUCAAAAAAACAAAACAAAGUAAAAGGAGGUUGGAUAGGAUUUCAAAUUAUCUGUAGCAGGAGACAGGGUCUGUGUCAGUCAGUGUGAGAGCGGGAGGUACUGAGAGGACAGAAAACUGCGCCAAGGAAGAUAGCAUCAUUAUGUACUGGAGGAACGUAUCAAUUGUAAAAACACACUCAUAGAUAUUGCAUCAGACAUGAUUUGGGUGUUUAUCAUCACUCUCACCAUACUGUGGAACCACUGCCUCCUCCCCCAGCCCAAUAUAUCAGAAAAGAGAAUUAGGUGUUAAUGGUUUAUUCUAGGAAGGAGGAAAGGGAAGUUCAGGAAAACUACUUGGAAAAGAGAUAUUCUUAUCAUGUUGCUGAUAUGUCUAUGGUCUUUCUUUCAGUAUGCAAACCUUAAUUUAACUUUUACCUUUUUUGUGACCACCCCGUCUGUGAAACUAUAAUCCCAUUAAAAUUCACCCUUCUUCCAGAUACCUGCUCUGUGAUAAUCAAAGUUAUCUAUUUUUUUUUUUUUUUUACAUGUUUCUGAUUGAAUCCCUAAGUUAUGCCAAUGCAUCUGCAUGUUGUUAGAUAUAAAUAUCUGAAUGAUGUUGUUGAAACUGGUGCAUUUUAACUGAAACUGAGUGUAACUGUAUGGUGUGCUGCCUCAACUCUGACGCACAACUAAGAGGGAGAGGGCUGAUACUUUACUCCAUGUAUGCAGUCAACCCCACAAACAUCAAGAGCCAGGCUUCUCUGUGAGAUAACUUUGCUCUUUGUUUAGAUAGCUGCAACUGGUCCAUGAGCUUUUGAAGAAUGCCUUAGUCACUGAUAGACAGCCAUCUGUCACACUGAUGAUUACCAAUAACUGAUAAAGUAAGUGAAUGUACAGAAUCAGAAGAACAAUAAUGUAUACCUGUCCGUCCAUUUGUUUGCUUGCCACCAUCCCUCCCCCUCACUGGAGUCUGUUGAAUGAAUGUGGGCUCCUAGUAAUAAGCAGGUUCUGCCUUGUUUUGUCCAUUUUAUGUAAGAUAUUGUACAAUAAUUAUAGUGAUCACGUUAAUAAAACUCUAAGAUUGGAACCCA